AUGGGUUCCUUCUUGUCUAAAGUGCCUGCAGGUCGUGACCUGAGAAUUGUGUUAAUUGGAAAAACUGGACCUGGUAAAAGUUCAAGUGGAAACACCAUUCUGGGCAAACAAAUGUUUACAUCAUUACCCCUGUCUACCUCAGUGACUGAUACAUGUAGGGUAGAAAGGGUUCAAGAAAACAGAUGGUUAAAUGUGGUGGACACACCAGGAGUGUUAGACACAGAUGGUAAUAGGAAACCAGGGUAUAUCCAAAGAGAAAUACUGAAGUGUCUUGAAGUCUCAUCCCCUGGUCCUCAUGUCUUCCUGUUGGUGAUGAAGUUGGAUACAUGGAGUGAUGAAGAUGAGAGAUCUGUUAAGCUCUUGGAGGAACUCUUUCCACAGGUCAACAAGCACAUGAUUGUGCUCUUUACUCAUGGUGAUGGACUUGGGGAAAAAACAAUACAAGACUUUGUAAGUGAUGGUCAUCCAAAUCUUAAAGACAUUAUACAUCGCUGUUCUGGCAGAUACCAUGUUUUCCACAAUAAAAGCUGGUGGAGAGAUCAAGUUGUUGAGCUGGUCAAGAAGAUUGAUGAAUUGGUGGCAGUGGAAGGGAUCUAUGACAAUCACCAUGUAGAUUAAGGAUAACAUUUACACCAACAUGAAAUGUACAUGUUUUUUUCUAAUAAAUAAACAUUGUAUAUUGAAUAUAUAUAUUGAAUAAUGUAAAUAUGACAACAUUUAUGCUGUAUUUAUUUUCAGUUAUACUAUAUGUUGUCGAUCGGUUAAUCCCAAAUGUCACAAUACAUGGGAAUGGUAUCUUUUACCAACAAAUUAUUGUCAACAAUAAAGUAAUGAAUAACUCACAACUAUUGUUCUUUAAGCAUCAUAAGUCAUGCUAUAUAUACUUCAUUAUUACAUAUUGCGAAUAUAAU